AUGCCGCAUAGGCCAUGUACCCGUUGUCUCAGCAAGACAAUUAAUUGUGUCUUUGGUGGAGUUAUUGCUGAUAGGAAAAGCUAUUUGGAACUUAACGAAAUCGAGGCCUGUGGAAGAUUGUUGAAUGCCUCGAACUUCAAUUCGUCCUUCGGAAUAAAUCGUCACUUGGUACCGUGUGCUGCAGGGCCAGGAGUCAUCCUCGCUGCUCUGUCGAUACGCUCCAUGAAUACACCCGCUCCCACUCGGCAAGACGCGACUCAACUUAGGCUGCUGCGAGACGAGCAAUUGCACCUUUCUCGCUUUGGGUCACAUUUCUACGGCGAAGCAAGUACCCCGAAUUUGGUUCGCAUCGUGUUGGAGAUACGGGAAGAUGCUGAAAAGCAGCAACUUCCGCUUCUGUACCGCCGUCUAAAAUACUGGACCUUUGAGCCAUUGAAACAACGGGUAUCGCACACUGGUCCAUUGGUAUUCCCGCCUCCCGACUUGUUGAUGUCCCUCGUCGAUCUCUACUUUCGUCAUAGUAACAUCCAUUGCCCCAUCCUUCACCGUCCGUCCUUCGAACGGGCGAUUGCAAGAGAACAACACCUUCACGAUCUAAGCUUCGGUCGCAACCUUCUCCUUGUUUGUGGCAUCGGCUCACGAUUCUCGCGUGACGAACGUAUCUGUCGGCCUGGCAUGAAUUUACUCAACGUCGGACGUGAAUUCUUCAACCAACUCUUAUUUCAGGUUGAUCAUCUCUUUGCGACCCCCACUGAGAUGCUGCACCAUAUCCAGUUCUAUGCACUAGCCGUCACAUUCCUGGAACUAUCUGCGCCAAUGCAAUGCUGGACUUUGGUGGGAAUUGGUCUUCGUAUCGGUCAAGACAUUGGAGUUCAUCGCAAACACCGGUCUAACACAUCAUAUUCUGAGCUUCGGAAAAGAGCGUUUUGGGCACUUGUCUGCAAAGAUCGUCAGCUUGGGCUUGCGCAUGGCCGGCCCUGUAUGAUUCGGUUUGAAGACCUUGAUGCGGAAUUGCCUUUGGAGUGUGACGAUGAAUAUUGGGACACAGAAGUGUCCAGCGUUACUGAAGCAUUUAUUCAACCUGCUGGGAAGCCUUCGUACAUCUCUUUCUUCAACCUAUAUAUCAGGUUAAACUGUAUUCUGGGUGUUUCGAUGGACUUGCUGUAUUCCAUUGACAAGGCCAAGGCCUUGUUAGCGUAUGGGGACAGCCUCUGGGAGGCACGUAUCGUCUCUCAACUUGAUUCAGCGCUUAGUGAGUGGCUCCAAACAAUCCCACAUCAUUUGAGAUGGGACCCGGAACACCAGCCGGACAAAAUACUGCUAAAACAAUCAGCGACCCUCUAUUGCACCUAUUACCAUGUGCAAAUAACCAUUCAUCGUUCACUCUUACAAACUGAAGAUCGGCUUAAGGCACCUUCUUUCACUAUAUGCACUACUGCUGCUCAGUCCUGCGUCCGCCUCUUAGAUUCGCUUGAGUCCAGCGCAGACAUGCCGAACAUUUGUCCUGCGAUCUUUGCAAGUGCAAUGAUGCUUGUCCUGAAUCUUGGGAACGGGUCCUUAGACCAAGAAAGCUGGGUGCUGGAUGGAGUGAAGCGGUGUAUGAGGACACUAAAACUAUUCGAAGAACGAUGGCAAAAUGCCGGAUUGAUGUGGGAUCUUUUAUAUAACCUUGCUAUCAGAGAGGAUCUCAAAUCCGAGUUAUAA